AUGCCCCCCUCCAGACUAUUCGGUUGGGCUCCCGCCAAUGCCGAUGGCGACGAUGUUCAAGUUGACGCUUCAUCAACCGGCCAAUUCACCUUUCAAGUUCGUGCCCAAGGCUCUCCAGCCACUCUCCCGACCUCCAUGGGCUUCUUCUCGUCGCCUGACGAUAACCACUCCCAAGAGCAUACUCCCCGACCGCGCAAUGCUUUUAUCAUAUUUCGCACCGAGUUUGCGCGACUGCACCAUAGUCCAGAGACCAGUAAACAGCGACGCAUCCAGAACAAGUCCUCUGGCCGGACUGUAUCUGGCAAAGCCGCUGACGCGUGGAAUAAGCUUUCUGAGCGCGACCGCGCCCACUACAACCGUCUAGCCGAAAUCGAAAAGGAAGAACACGCUAGGCGGUAUCCCAACUACCAAUAUCGCCCCCGCCGACGUGGCUCGCGUGUGACCCGUCGUCCCUCUGUGCUGACUCCUUCUGUGACAAUUACGAGUCCACCUCCACAAAAACGUCGGCGGACAAGGGCUUCGAGCUUCAUCUCUAGUGACGAGGAGUCCUCCUCAGAAAGCAGUGCACCACCGUCUUCCCCCGAGUCGGACUUUCACCUCAACCUGCGACUCCCUCACGAGCCCCAGCCAACAAUUGUCACGAUCGAUGAGGAGACAAAGGGCGAUCGACGUCGUUCUUCCUCUGUCCCCGUGACCCUCAAUGAGCACGACUACUUGACGGCAGCUGGCUGGCCAGCCAGUGUCGUUGAAAGCACCGCCCGCAACGAACGGCAAUGGGAGCUCCGCCCGACAAUGCUCCAAAGCAAGCGUCGCUCGCGGUCAGUCACAGAGGCCGACCUCGCUAGUCUUGGAAUUCCUCCCUCUUACGAGACCGAUGCUGUUCAGUAUACUCCCCGACUCGCGAAUAACCUCACCAUCGACCCUGCAUCACUCUUUUCCCCGAUGCACAUCCAAGUCUCCUCCUCCUCAUCAUCAUCAUCAUCGCUAGCCAACUGGAACGGCGAGUUGGAAGCCGCGCAGACACCCGCUCCAUCUCCCAUUACCUCAGCUCCCACUGGCACCCACAUCGCUCCCCUUCCCCUUCGUCUCGACACUCCAUCAUGGCUGCCAGAAACGUACAACAGCCAAUGGCCGCUCGACUCAACGGGCCACUACGUGCCAAUGCCCCCCAUAUUUGCACGUAGUAUGAGCGAUCCGGGAGUUGGCGGUGAGCUCACGGUCACCGCCAUUUUGCAACAGCAGCAAGAGGAGCUGGCUCGGGCAGCGAAGGAGCAAGACGACGCCGCCUUCGCUACCUAUUUCUCGCUCAGCGGGCUCGACUUGGAGUCGCCCACGAGCCCUUAA